AUGACAUCUCCAACUUCGCUUUUGGCUUUGCUGAGAUCUCGUACCACCGUUGAUUGUGACACUCUUGACGUUGAUGUGGCGACAUCUCUUGGGCCAUUCCAGGAUUGCACCUCGAAUCAGGCGAUUGCAUUCAAUGAGCUUCAAGAAAGCCAGCAUGAAGCGCUACUCCAAAGCUCCAUUGAUCUUGCUAGGAAAUUGGCUGGAGAUUUUGAAAAGGUUUCGCUCACGGAGCUGGCCAUAGAGAUAUCUAUGGUCAGCUUGUCACUGCGAAUGGCGCCUCAUGUCAAAGGUUUCGUUCAUGUCCAGACGAAUCCGUCUUACUCAUACUCGACGUCGAAGACAAUCGAGAACGCCCGGCGCAUACUUGAUUUAUUUAAGCACGUUGAUCGUGACUUCGACACGUCUCGGGUCUGCAUCAAGGUUCCAAGUACGUGGGAGGGUCUACAGGCGUGUCGUACGCUUCAGGCGACUGGUAUCACUACGCUAGCGACCACACUGUUCACUUUGGCUCAAGCUGCUCUGGCUGGAAACGUUGGCUGUCAUUAUAUUGCACCCUAUCUCAAUGAACUGAGGGUUCAGACCGAACCAGGAUACAAAGGAGACGCUCCGCUCUUCGAGCUCUGCGUUGCAGCUCAAACAUACUACAAACACCACAAUUUCUCCACCAAAGUCCUCCCGGCGAGCUUGACAUCUAUCGACGAGAUUAUGCUCCUCGCAGGCGUCGACCACAUCACCAUCGCUCCCAAACUCCUCCGUGAACUUGCUUCUACCAAAGUAGACCCAUCGUAUAUCGCCAACUUGCCGUCGUUGUUCGAUGAGGUCAAGACAAUUGCAGAUAAGAUACCGCCGAAGCUUGCUUUCGCCGAUAACGAAGACGCUUUUCGGUUGGCCAUGACCAGGGAUUCGAAUGGUGGGAAUGAGGGAAAAUUGAUUCAGGCUAUUAACAUAUUCUGUGACGUGCAAUUGAAGAUGGAAGCAAUGAUGAGGGAGCGUGGGACGGUGUGA